ACACACCCAACCUUGAUUGCAGUGUCUAGAAUGCUGGAGCAUAGGUAAAAGGACACAAGCAAAACACAACAUGAGGGAUCCACUAACAGACUGCUCGUACAAUAAAAUAUACAAGAGCUUAAAGGAGUUUGCUCAAAAUGGAGAGAAUUUCUGCAAGCAGAUCACAUCUGUUCUUCAGCAAAGGGCCAAUCUGGAGAUUAGCUAUGCCAAAGGACUUCAGAAACUGGCAGCCAAGUUAAACAAAGCAUUACAGAACACAAAGAAAAACUGCCUCAGCAGUGCAUGGUCCUGGGCUUCCGAAGGCAUGAAAUCUGCCGCAGACCUGCAUCAAAAACUUGGCAAAGCAAUUGAAUUGGAAGCAAUAAAACCAACUCAUCAAGUACUCAAUAGACAAGAGAAGAAGAGAAAAUCUCUUGAUAAUGAAGUUGGAAAGACAGCAAAUCUUGUUAUUAGCAACUGGAAUCAGCAAAUUAAGGCUAAGAAAAAACUAAUGGUGAGUACCAAGAAGCACGAAGCACUUUUCCACCUUGUAGAAAGUUCUAAGCAAUCUGUGACGGCGAAAGAAAAGCAAAAGCUCCUGAACAAACUGAAAAAAUCAACUGAGAAGUUGCAAAAGGAAGAUGAAAAUUACUACCAACAAAACAUGGCAGGCUAUUCUACUAGAUUGAAAUGGGAAACCACACUAGAAAACUCCUACAAGAGCAUCCUGGAGCUGGAGAAGGAAAGAAUUCAACUUUUAUGCAACAACUUAAACCAGUACAGUCAACAUAUUUCUCUUUUUGGCCAAACCCUGACCACAUGCCACACACAGAUUCACUGUGCCAUCGGCAAGGUUGAUAUCGAGAAGGAUAUCCAGGCACUAAUGGAAGAAACUGCGGUUUUAUCUACAGAAAACAAAUCUGAGCUCCUACUGACUGAUUACUUUGAAGAAGAUCCUAACAAUAUAAUGGAUAAAGAGAGACGAAAGACCUUAAUAAAGCCAAAAUUGUUGAGACUACAAAGAGACAUUGAAAGAGCCUGCAGAGAGAAGGAAGGCCUGGAACAAAUGCUUUGCACACACUCCAGCAACUCCUCCUUCUCUGACUCAAAGAACCAGAAAGACACUGCCGCAUUAAUGGAUGAGAACAACCUGAAACUAGACCUUCUGCAAGCAAACUCCUACAAACUGUCAUCAGUAUUAGCAGAACUUGAGCAAAGACCUAAACCCAGCCAUCCUUGUAGUACCUCCAUCUUCAAGUGGAAAGAAAAGGAUCAUACUCAUACUUACAUAAGAGUAUCCCGGCCUGUUUUGACAAAGAGAUUAGAGAAUGCUGUGAACAGAGCAUCUUCUGGUGGGCAGAGCAAACCAACUUCUUCAUCUUCAGCCCCUGGUAUGGCCCAGUCCAGCAACAGAUUUUGCAAGGCCUUAUAUUCUUUUCAAGCCAGGCAAGAUGAUGAGUUGAAUUUGGAAAAAGGAGACAUUGUGACUAUACAUGAAAAGAAAGAAGAUGGAUGGUGGUACGGAUCUUUAAAUGGAAAAAAAGGCCAUUUCCCUGCUGCAUAUGUGGAGGAGUUAUCUUCAAAGCCUGGAGGCACAGAUAUACAGGCUUAAAACAAGCCUGAGCACAUGAUGAUGCACCCUGAAAACUAUAUAGUAUGGUGCAAAUAAAGAUAAAAUAUUAUCCUA